AGAACGAACCUGAGAGCGCGGACUUUUCUGAGGGGGAUAUCCGAGUUGAAUUCGGCCCUCGAGUACAGAACGAUACUGCGGCACGGAUCGACCCUGAGAGCGCGGACUUUUCUGAGGGGGAUAUCCAAGUUGAAUUCGGCCCUCCAGUACAGAACGACCCUGUGGCACGGAUCGACCCUGAGCGCGCGGACUUUUCUGAGGGGGAUAUCCAGAAUGCGUUAGACGCUCAAGUACAGAACGACGCUC